AGAAUAUGUUUAGCUGUCUGUCUCUUUACCAAAAGAAAGUUCCUCCCUUUUUGACCUCUUUUUUUUCUAUCCUCUCUUAAAUCCCAUUUUUUAGAAUCCCAUUCAUUAUACAUAACCCUCUUCCCUAUGCAACCUUCUUGCUUCUUUCUUCAGUAAAUUCCAUAUCUCUCCCUUCUCUUCCACUCAAAGCACCACCUCCAUAUUUCAUAUCAGCUUCUUAAUAGCCUGAAAUACCAAUCCCCCACUUCCUUAAUUUCUCCUAAAUUCAAAUUCUCAUUAACCUUAGCCGACAUGUCGGAACUUCAACAGCAACAGCAACAGCAACCGCAACAGCAACAGCAGCAGCAGCCGGCUUUUGUUUAUCCCAACACCGCCGCGACGGUCGGCAGCCAACCUCCUCCUUCCCAUCAUUCCAACGGCUCAUUUGGGGCAGUUUUUAUAGUUCUUGCCGUUAUUGUUGUCAUAUCGGCUCUUGCUUGUUUCCUUGGCCGUCUGUGUAACCGGCGAGUUGAAAACGGCCAGAGGCCGAAGCCGGAGAAAACCCACAGCGGCGCUCGUCCUAGAGGAAAAGAACCCAAAUUGCAUCCUGAUAAAGAAGGAGACAUUGAAUUUGGAUUUGAUUUGAGAAACCCAAAUGGGAACAAAGGCAAAUUCCCAUCUUCUGGUGGAAAUGGAGGAAGCAAAGGGAAAAGCAAUGGGAAUGGUAAUGGGACUAAUGGGCCUAACGGCCAUGGAAAUAGCUUCAAACCCUUUGAAAAUGGCGGUGAAACGAGGAGUGAAAUCAAGCAUACUGAUCAUCAUGAAGGGGAUUUCAAUUUCAAAGCUGCAGGGCAUCAUGUUUGAUGGGUACUAAUAAAACAACAUAGAAAAAUGAAAAUGCCCAAUUUCAUCGUAUCAAGUUAUAACAGUGUGGAUUUUUUCUUUUUCCUCUGUUUUUUUCUCUUUUCACUUGAUGUUUGUUCUAAUCUAAUGAGUAAUGACAAGCUUCAAUUCAAUCAUCAA